AUGUCGCAUGAGUCGUACGAAGACGUUGCCGCGCACUUCCGCGCUGUGCCUGGAACAGAAAUCCUCUUCGAUGAGGGCUCUAACACCGGCGUCCUCGUUGACGUAUCUCAAUUGAAGCAUCGGACUAAGGGCGACUCGCGCGUCCUGCUUGUUCCCCAGCCGUCGACCAAUGACCCAAAUGACCCGUUGAACUGGACGACGAUGAAGAAGAGCGUGAUCUUCUUCAAUGGCUGCUGGUAUGCGUUUAUGGGGGCUAUCACUGGCCCCAUCAUGGCUGCAGGCAUGAACCAGCUGGCUCAGACGUUCGGCAAGCCCUUGCAGGUCCUGACCUACGCGAACGGUGCUACACUGAUCAACCAGGGCGUGUGGAACAUAGUCUGGAUGCCCUUCGCUGUGAAAUACGGUCGACGCCCGGUAUAUUUGGCGUCGAGUUUUCUGAUGAUCAUGGGUUGUAUCUGGCUAGCAGUGGCUUCUAAUCAAAACUACACGGUGUUCAUCGUGGGUCGUGCCUUCCUAGGUGCAUGGGAAGCUCCAAUCGAGUCGAUCGUGCCCUCUACCAUCACGGAUAUAUUCUUCCUACAUAACCGCGGAGAGCUAGUCUCGAUGUAUGGAUUGGCAGUGCUCGGUGGCAACGAACUCGGCCCUAUGUUUUCCGGGUUGAUUGUCCAGGCAUUAGGCAUGGACUGGGCCUUUUGGAUCGUGACGAUAUUCAUUGCCGCGAACUUCAUCUCGAUCUUUGUCUUCAUGCCAGAAACCAAAUUUAUCGGAACCCGCCCGCAGGUCCUAUCAAAUAGGUUUACUCGGCCCGGUUCCGAUCAAUCCCCCGGUGCAACCGCUGUCAAUGAGAAGAAGAGUGUCUCGGUGAGCAAGGUACCCCAGGCGGUGCCUAAGGGAACGUGGUUACAAGAACUCCAGUUCUGGAGCAAGGGUGAGCCGGGCGUGAACCUGCUCCAUGUCUUUUUACGCCCAUUUGUUCUUCUCGCUUAUCCCACCGUGGUGUGGUCAUGCUUUGUGUACGGUCUAGCCCUGAGUUGGAACGUAAUUCUCGGCGCUACCGUGGCUCAACUGUUCUCACCUGCACCCUAUGGGUUUGACUCCAAAGCUCAGGGACUCUUUUUCUUGUCCCCCUUCAUUGGCUCGUUGUUUGGAGUGUACUUCUCUGGGCCUUGUGGGGACUGGAUUGCCAAUUUCUUUACGAAGCGCAACCAUGGUAUUCGUGAGCCUGAAAUGCGCCUGCCGACCUGCUUAGUCGCAGCAUUCUUUACCUUCUUCGGUGCUCUGUGGUUUGGUUUGUCUUACGAGCAUCAGAUGCACUGGACUAUGCCGGUCGUCGGUGCUGGUAUCCUGUCAGUGGGCAGCCAAAUGGGCACCACGCUCGGAAUGAACUACGCCCUCGACUGCCACCAGGGGCUCUCGGUCGAGAUCAUGGUGACCAUCGCCGCACUCAAAAGCGCAAUCGCUUGGAUCUGGACGUGGGUGAUUAACGACUUCCUCACUGCAAGCGGUGCUCUAUCCGUAUUCAUGACAGUCGCUGCUAUCAAUGUGGCUAUCUACCUAAUCUACAUCCCCUUCUACUACCGUGGCAAGCAGAUUCGAACGUGGAUUCACCGUGCGAACUUGUUCGAAGCCACCGGCCUGCAGUAA